AUGAGUGGGACCUCAGAAAUGGAAACAUCUGAGCCAGGUGAUGAGGGUUUUGCAACAUCCAUUGUUUCGCUCUUUCACGGCCCUCUCGUUAAGAUUCGACUUGAGCCAAGCAACCGGGAAUACACGGUUUCAAAGAACCUCCUCUGCGCAGAAUCGCCAGUGUUCUCGGAUACGUUCGAAGGCAGUUUCUCAGAGUCCAAAAAACAAACGGCAAUACUACAAGAAAUGGAAGGCGUGGUGUCUGUCCGGAGUGUCGAAGCACUUAUCCAAUGGCUAUACUUCGGCAACAUCAAAUUCGAUGAAAGCUUUGAAGAAAUAUGUAUAGAAGCUGCCGUGGAACUCGCCAGACUUGCGGAGAUGUACGAAAUCACCCGGAUCGAAGACCCGAUAGCCCGAUACAUCAAGAGGAUGUAUACAACAACUGGAAAUAUCCACGACGAGUACAAAGAAUACCGCAGGUAUCUUGAGCUGGAAGAUGAGGAGAAAAUCUUGGGAACCGUUUUACGUGAUAGCCAUCCAGUACGCCGUCUCAUGGCUCAAGCCUUCGUUGUAUCGUAUCUCCGAAGAGACGCACACCCAAAUGGCUUGAUGACCCAGAAAUGUCCUAAAUUCGGAGCUGACCUCCUUUACGAAGUGAAGCUCACCCUGGAUACUCUGAGCCACUAUGACAGUGCUACUGUCAAAGAUCCUAUUACUGGGAAAAGAAGGCAUCUGAAGUGGGAGGACUAG